GUUGAACUGUUGGCAUGAAAGGAACCUCCCAUUUCCCAGGCAUCCCUGCUGCUCCAUGCAAGUUCUCUCUUGCCUAAACGUGCGCCUACAGACAGUGUGGUUUCUCCUAGCCAGUGAAAAAGCAGACCCUUGAAUUAAUGCUAGAUUAGCAGUUCAGAGAGGCGUCAGCUACAGCAAUGGCCUACCGUUUCUUUAAUGGCCAGGCACAUGCUGCGUCCUACUGGAAGCACAGGGUCCCUCCUUCGGAUGAGUUGGUACAACUGGUGCUUCAAUUCCUGGAAAAACACAAAGGUCAUCCAUUUGAGUUGGCAGUGGAUGUGGGUUGUGGCUCAGGGCAGGGAACUUUGCUGCUGGCGAAACACUUUGAUUCGGUGGUGGGGACAGAUGUGAGUCCUGCCCAGCUGGAACUGGCUUUGCAGCAUGCUAAAGAGAAAAACAUCACAUAUAGGGAGUGUUUGGCUGAGGAGCUGCCAUUUGCUGACAGCUCAGUGGACCUGGUGACAGCCAUGACUGCUUUCCACUGGUUUGACAGGCCACACUUUCUCCAGGAGGCCCACAGAGUCCUGAAGCCCCGUGGCUGCUUAGCCCUGCUCAGCUACACCAUGGACAUGGAGAUCAGCUACCAGGACUGCUGCUUGCACACACUCAACCAAGUCUGCAAAGAGUUUUAUGAAGCCUUGAAACCUUACCGCAACCCUUGUCUUGGUGCCAGAACAGAUGUUUUGUACCGGGCGGCAUAUGAAUCCAUCCCUUACCCAGUCAAGGAGUGGCAGGAGAAUAUAUGGGUGAGAAGAUCCAUGCCCCUGUGCAGCUUCAUCGGGAUGUUGGAGACCUUCUCAACUUAUCAGGCUCUGCUGAGAGAAGACCCACAGAGGGCCGCCAAUCUCUCCCAGGACAUGUGUGAAAGGCUGAUGUCCAUAAUGAAGGUGACCUCAGCUGAGACCGAGCUGAUGGUGGGAAUAAGGUAUUACUACGUGUUGGCCUGCAAACCAGAGGAAGCCUGACUGUUUCCAGAUGUCCAUCAAUGCAACCAAGGAGAAAGAAGACCUGGGUUAUUGUUGACAAUAUUCUGCUUAGCUGGUCCCUCACUGAGUACCACAGUGGUUUUAAAUGUUUAAUUAUUGUGCAAAACUGUGUAAUGCCAAGAGUCAGAACUUUUUAACUGAGUAACUUUCCGAGUGUGUUGUCUCGGCUCUUUCAAAUUCUGUACAGUGAGUGUGGAGCAACUUCAUUCCCGGCGAGGCAUUCUGUCAAACAGUGUCUGGUGUACAGGAUGUAUCCAUCUCCUCUGUGCAUGCUUCUGACACCACUCACAGGUUAUUAUGUGCUAGAGCCUGACAACUGAAAUGUUCCGUAUUGUGAGUGUGAUAUCCUUGUCACGAAGCAUUGGAUCACAUAUACACGAUGUCGCUGAUACAUGAUAAUAUAGGCUUUUCCCGAUACUUAAAGUCAUUGCAAAUCACACCAGCUUCACACAUGAAUGACGAGGCUAUGAUAAAAUGUCGGCACCACACAUUUAUUAUAAAAACACAGCCUAUUUGUUUUAUUAGGUCAACUAUUUCCCAGCCUCAUUCCCUUACUCCUAAUCUUACGAGAGAUGUUAAGCCAUAUUAUUAAAUUGGGAGUCUGGCACUGCAUGUAGUUUGUUGUUAUAUAUAUUAUAUAUACAUUAACAUUGAGAACUGAUGUAAUGUAACACAGCAUUUGUAGCUACUGUUAAUUUCCAAAGCCUGGAACGUAAAAGGGCUUUUAAAUAACAAAUAUAAAGUAAGAUCACAUACAAUACAAAACAAUAUGACUUAUCGGCAUAAUCUACUGGCCCUAACCACUAAGUUUGAUGACCUACUAGGUCAGCAGAAUGCAUUACCUGCUAGUAUAAACAAACAUGUGUAUACAGUAUACUAGGGAUGGGAUGAUACCACUUUUCAGUGUCUGAUAUACCGAUAUCAGUCCGAUGUAGUCAUUUUAGACCAUUUAUGAAACUAUGAAGCUGUCAACCAAACAUUUGUGCUGAGUCAUUUCAAUGACUUUGCAACACAUAUAAUAAACAGACAAAACAUGACUCAGCUAAAAUGUUCUAUUUCUAUUUUUCUGUCUGUGCAUAGUGAAGCAUGUGAUGGAUAGGAUUUUUGGAUCGUAUCAGAUUUUACAUUUUUAUCUGUCCGAUAAUAUAUGAUCCAGUGAUUUUGACCAGUAUCGUACCGAUACCGAUUCCCAUCCCUAAUACAUACAGCACACAACUACCUCCAACCACCCUUACUCGUGACUCUUCACCCUUCACCACAGUGAAGACGUGAAGCAAACACUGAGUAAAAACAAGAUUAGUUUUCCUAUGACAUGUGCAUUAAUCCUGUUCUUGCAGAGAAGUUUUAUCUCUCGUAAACAAAUUAGUCACAUCUGGGUCAUGGGGUCCAGCAGAAGGAGCAAAGCCCCCGGUUAUUUCUACUGUGGCUGCUGAGUCAUAGUCACUGUUUGAUCUGAGCUGACAGCCAGAUAUACUGUAACUGUGGUGCACUCAGAUUAAUUGGUGGCAAAGCAUUAUGAAAGGAAAUGUACAUUUAAGUUGUGCUGUGGGGAUGUAUUAUUCAAAUUCUUUCAUGAAAGUUACCUAAUCCUUCAUUUCAGGUUGAAAUAAACCAGUGUGUUAUCUCCCA